ACAUCUACUGUGUGGGCGGAGUGACCUGCUGUGGACGAAUCAGAUCCCUUCCAGUAUCAGCUUUAAGAGGUGAUCUCGGGGCUCAAGGGUCCCAGACACAGCAGCAGCAGCAGCAGCAGCAGCAGCAGCAGCAGCAGCAGCAGCAGCGCCUGUGGGAAAAACUAGAGGUUAGAGCCAUGGAUGACCAGCGCGACCUCAUCUCUAACCAUGAGCAGAUGCCCAUACUGGGCCAGCGCGCUAGAGACCCAGAAAGCAGGUGCAGCCGCGGAGCCCUGUACACCGGCGUCUCUGUCCUGGUGGCUCUGCUCCUGGCUGGGCAGGCCACCACUGCUUACUUCCUGUACCAGCAGCAGGGCCGCCUAGACAAGCUGACCAUCACCUCCCAGAACCUGCAGCUGGAGAACCUUCGCAUGAAGCUUCCAAAAUCUGCCAAACCUGUGAGCCACAUGCGGAUGGCUACUCCCUUGCUGAUGCGUCCGAUGUCCAUGGAUAACAUGCUCCUCGGGCCUGUGAAGAACGUUACCAAGUAUGGCAACAUGACCCAGGACCAUGUGAUGCAUCUGCUCACGAGGUCUGGACCCCUGGAGUACCCGCAGCUGAAGGGAAGUUUCCCAGAGAAUCUGAAGCAACUUAAGAACUCCAUGGACGGCGUGAACUGGAAGAUCUUCGAGAGCUGGAUGAAGCAGUGGCUCUUGUUUGAAAUGAGCAAGAACUCCCUGGAGGAGGAGAAGCCCACCGAGGCUCCGCCUAAAGUACUGACCAAGUGCCAGGAAGAAGUCAGCCACAUCCCUGCCGUCUACCCGGGUGCGUUCCGUCCCAAGUGCGACGAGAACGGUAACUAUUUGCCACUCCAGUGCCACGGGAGCACUGGCUACUGCUGGUGUGUGUUCCCCAACGGUACUGAGGUCCCUCGCACCAAGAGCCGCGGGCGCCAUAACUGCAGUGAGCCACUGGACAUGGAAGACCCGUCUUCUGGCUUGGGAGUGACCAGGCAGGAACUGGGCCAAGUCAUCCUGUGAAGACAGAGGCCAGCUCUGCACAGCGGCAGUGCCCCCUGCUCUCCUGUGCCUCAGCCCUCCUUUCGUUCCCUGAUGUCACACCCCACUUCCCGUCACCCUGCACCCUGGGGCUUGAGACUGGUGUCUGCUUCAUCGUCCCUGGACCCAGCAAAUGAAACCAGAACAGAAUGAGGACGCUGGAGGGCCUUGCUGCCUACUGCUAUCUAAAGGGACCCCCCACUUCUGACCCAUUAGCAGUCUUUAAUGUGGGGCUCUGAGAUAUAGGCCCGCAGACAAGGAUCAAGGGAUGCCCUACCCUUAACCUAAGCUGGACACAUUUGUUGUCUUCUCCUCAAGGAAGAAGAACCCAAGCCCCUCCCCCCAGCAACCCUUCCUCACAUCCCGCCGACCCUCCCCCCCCUUUCAGGUUUCUUGCUCAGCCAAGCUUGUCAGCAGCUUGUAGGAUCAUGGUUCAAGUGACAAUAAAGGUAGAAAGUAGAACAUU